UAAGACGCAAGGAAAGGACGCAAGUGAGGGAAACGGGGAUGCAAUUAAGAGACUUGAGAAGUACCCAGAGAACAGGCCCCAGUCAGCCCUAAUGGUGUUUUUGCAGACAUUAAGGAGGACAGGAUUGUUGAUCAGUACCAGUGACACUUAAACCAUACAUUUAAAUCAUGAUCAAUGAAUUAUACUGCACUAGUGAAAUAUUCUACGUCCUGAGGCUUUAGCCACACUGGCAUUGUGACUUGAUGAAUGGCAUUGUUGGUCUGUCCACCACUUUGGUCCAGACUAAAACUGUUGUGUGUAAAAUGUCUGUGUGUUUUGUUGUGUGCGAGUACAUAUUGUCCUGUCUACAGAAUGAGUUUGUGUGUAUGCCCAUGUCAGAAUUAGAGGCUGAAUGUUAAAUGUCACAGAUAACGCUCUCUAAGAAUCAAAGCCAGGGUGAUAUCUAGUAAGAUGAAAAUAAAGCUAUCCUUGGUUCUAUGUCCUUGUUCUCUCGUCAGCAGAGUCUUAGUCAUUUAUCUUUCAGUGGGCAUUGAGUUCUGUCUACUAACUCUUCAUAAAAGUUCAUUAGUCUUCCUGGUAGCAACUCCAUUGUCAUAAUUGUGUUUGAAGCACUUCUGUGUCAAAUUUAUGUUUCAAAACUCGGCAAAGUAAAAUGUAACAGUAAUGUUGGCUUGAGAUCAAAAGACUGUCAAUAAAGAGAAUGUGGUGACCACUCUCCUUCACAAAUUCCUCUUCUGUAGACAUUGAUCGUUAUUUUGAAAUAUUGCUUAUGAAAUGGUACUUUUGAUUAGGUUUUGUCGUUAACUUUGCUUGAGGAAUGUUGCCCUGCUGUAUAAUCAGAACUAACUUUCUUUUGUUUUGUGCAACAAUCCAGGCCUCAUGGAGCUGGGGACUCAACGGCUGCUGUACACCAGGGAGCUCGAUCCAUGCCCGGUUCCCAGCAAACUACCAUAAAGGGUGGGAACCUUGAUUGCCCUUUGGCCCCUUUUUCCCAUCCCUCCCCCUAAAUUGUCCCAGUGGUGAUAUUGUCCUCUCCCGCCUGUGGCCUGCAAAAUGAUUGGCAAGCUGAAACAGAACUUGCUGGUGGCGUGUCUGGUCAUCAGCUCGGUCACGGUCUUCUACCUGGGCCGCCAUGCCAUGGAGUGCCACCAUCGCAUCGAAGAGCACAGCCAGUUGGGCGGUAUCCUGCCUCUGUCAGCCCUGGGAGGCAGCAUGCGGACCACCUUACGGACAGGCCAGAAUCUUAGCACACCUUUUGUUUACAACAAAGACAUGCCACUCAUCUUCAUCGGCGGAGUGCCCCGCAGUGGGACUACGCUAAUGCGAGCCAUGCUGGACGCCCACCCUGAGGUGCGCUGUGGCGAAGAAACCCGCGUCAUCCCUCGUAUCCUGGCCAUGAAGCAGAUGUGGAGCCGCUCAGGCAGGGAGAAGAUGCGCCUGGACGAGGCUGGUGUGACGGAUGAGGUGCUGGACGCUGCCAUGCAGGCCUUCCUGCUGGAAAUCAUUGUCAAACAUGGAGAGCCCGCCAACUUUCUCUGCAACAAGGACCCUUUUGCUUUGAAGUCGCUCUCCUACCUGGCCAAGAUCUUUCCCCGUGCCAAGUUUGUACUCAUGAUUCGUGAUGGCCGGGCUUCAGUCCACUCCAUGAUCUCAAGGAAGGUAACAAUUGCCGGCUUUGACCUGGGCAGCUACCGGGACUGCCUGACCAAGUGGAAUCGGGCCAUAGAGACAAUGUACACUCAGUGCUUGGAGGCAGCGGACAAAUGCCUACCUGUGCACUACGAACAGUUGGUCCUUCAUCCUGAGAAAUGGAUGAAGACACUGCUGAAAUUCCUUGACGUUCCUUGGAAUGAUGCCGUCCUCCACCACGAGGAGCUUAUUGGGAAAGCUGGAGGAGUGUCCCUCUCCAAAGUGGAGAGGUCCACAGACCAGGUCAUCAAGCCCGUCAAUGUGGAGGCAUUGUCCAAAUGGGUGGGAAAGAUCCCAGCUGAUGUUGUGAGGGACAUGGCUGUCAUCUCCCCCAUGCUGUCCAGACUGGGCUACGACCCACAUGCCAACCCCCCCAACUAUGGCCGGCCUGACCCCAAGGUCCUGGACAACACCAGAAGGGUCUUUAAAGGUGAAUUUCAGCUACCAGAUUUCCUAAAAGAACAAUCACAGAUUCAGAAGUCUGCAGAGAGACCCAACCCCAGUUAGAAGCAGCGAGAAUGCCGUCACCUCAACACACAGGAACCCAGGGGCAGUGGAAUCAUCGUGUCGCCCAUCUCACCGCGAGGAAGGCCUCGGCACGUUUCAAAGGUCACAGCAGGACCGUCUCCUCACCAGAGACCUUUUGGCCUUCGAUGUUGUGCAACAUAUGAUACUAAUACUUCUCACAACCACAGAAUGUCUGCUGAUUGUUAUUUUUUUGUGUCACAUCACGCUCAUGGAGUUUUAAAAAAAUGAUUUCUAGCUUUUUAGAAAAAUAUCUCUGUGAUUCUGUUGUAAGAAACUGCAGUGAACCGAUAUCGCAAGAAGCAUUUAUGAAUGGAAAAUGAGCUUUUGGAGGAUGCCAUACCUAUUUUAAUGUUACUUUUUUCAUGCCUUUGUAUUGUGAAACCUCAUGGGUACUGACAUGAUAAACUUUUUUUUUUUAAACCUGUUGUCAGUCUGGUUUUAUGUGCUUAUUUGUAAAAAGAAAAUGAAACAAAGAGGAGAGUAAAAAUACCUGGACACUGAAAUUACAUUUAAAAAACAAAUCUGGUAAGUCCUGAUAAUUGCAGUUCUAAGUACUAUAAUCCUAUGAUAGUCUACAAUCGACUCUUUACAUCACACAGUCAUUUGAUCUGUCGUUGAUGUGAAACUGUUGAGUAGCAGCGUUCAUGUCUUUGAGGAGAACAAUUAUAAACCAAAAGGAACACAUGCAGAGCUUCAAAGGUUCAAAGGAAAGCGAGCAGCCUCUUAUUUAAUAAUACAUUACAUUCAAGUAAGAUCUUUACCAAGACAUAUUUGAAAUCUCAGUGUACAACAUUUAAAAAAAAACACUAAACUGUUAACAUGUAAGAUAGUCUGCAAACAUUGCAUUGCAAGUAUAAACCUCAGAGCUGCUUAUGUUGGUUUUAGCAGCUCUAAUGAGGUAGACUAUGUAUAAAGAUAAUAUAGACUGAUGAAAGCAUUAUAUACAUAUAUAUAUAUAUAUAUUGGUGCUGGGCAAC